CAUUGAAUGGGAAUUUAGAAAUAAAUCCUGGCCGUUUCCAUUCCAAAAAUGCCGUCGUUACACGUUUUUUCUCUCGACGCUUUAAAAUGCUGGCUGAGAUGAAUAUGUAUGGUCAUUUCAUUCCUUCUCGGACAACUUCUCCCUACAGAGUCGCCAUCCAUCUCCGAGCGCAAUUCUCUGAAACCGAAAGCGAAAAUGGCUGAAGCUGCAACGAAAGAGAAGAAGAUGGUGAUACCAGACUGGACUAAGCUCCCUAAAGAGCUGCUUCAGAUUAUCACCGAUAAAAUGAACUGUUUCGAUGUUGUUCAUGCUCGCUCAGUCAGCACCUUGUGGCGAUCCAAAUUCCCAUUUCCGGCUUCCCUGCUGCGCUCAAGUUACUCUCUUCCCACUUAUCCUGUCGAAAAGGAAGGCUUGUGCUCCCUCGAGAAGAUCCCUUUCGUCCUCGUCAUUGAUGAGUCGGCUUCUGAGUUUUUCAUGGGAAUAGUAGGCCGAGAUGAUUCUGCGUAUUACAUGGAAGUUCCAUCUCCUCUUCAGUGCUCGCUAAGGGUGAAGAUGGAAAAAUUUGAUCCAACAUCGAUGAACGUGAUCGGCUCCCAGAUCUUAUCUUUAGGCCAUCAGUACAGAAUGGUUUGUUGGGAUCCUAAAGGAUUGAGAACAACUUACGGAAACGCGGCUAUUCUUCCGCUAAACAGGGAGGGAGGAAGAGGAGAGUUCGUUGUGCUUCGUAGCUACUCGGGAACUUUGUUUGUGUUAAAAAGUGCUACAAGGAAGUGGGUGCGGCUUCCGGGAGUUCCACGCUCUUCAUGCACUGCCUUAGUCACUUUUAGAGGAAGGUUCUAUGCUUCUUUCUUUGACAAGUCCAUUUACGUUAUCCAUCCUUAUUCACUGCUAGCAGUUCGCCUGAUACCACCUCCAAACAUUAACAACGGAAGCAAUCAUCUGAUUCCAGCUGGUGAUGAUGAGCUUUUCCUGGUUAAGAAAAGCAAACUUUUUACUGGUCCCAUAACAUGUAGAGUGAGUAGGCUGGUGGGUUUAGGAUGGGUCGAGGUCGAUGAUCUGGGAGACCGUGUGUUGUUUCUUAGAAAAGAUGCAAAUGUCUGCUUCUCGGCUAACCAGCUUCCUGAUGGUUGUGGUGUGACCGGGAACUCGAUUUUGUUCACCGCACGACCAGGCGAUGAAACCUACUUCUAUAAGUAUGGACCACCCCACGUUCCAAAAGAAAACGUGGUGGGUGAAUGGAGAAGCUCAAGAGAGAGCCGUGUGAAAUUCAUUGACUCUCAUGAGGCUUGUGCUUUCCGGGUUGAGUUUUGAAUUCUCUGUCUUACUUUGGGUACUUGAGGACAUCUAUUGCUUUUGUUUUUGUUUUUCGUUUUUCGUUUUGUUUAGAUCAAAACAAACUUUUCCUAUGGUUUUAGGUAUUGACCUGAUGUCUGGUGAAAAAUGUUUUGCGUAUGGUCAGUCGUAUAUUCACUUCUGCGUGGCCUUUCUCUUAAUGAACUUUCAGUUUGUUCUAUUUGCCUGGAGAUGUUUCCAGCCGUAUCAAUACUUUCUUGGUUA